CAUAACUAUACUGUGUAUACGUCACACAUAGGCAAUAUGUUAGUUUUAAAUAAGGCAGCAUUUUACUAAUACAUCCUUUUGCUAAUCUCAUGUCAUUUUCGUAUUUUUUUUUAACUUAUUUCAUCUAGUUUUUGACUAGUCGUUUGCCACGUACGAUUUAGCAGACUGAAAUAAAUUAUAAUCCACAGUGCCGGGUUUAUUUUCUUCCUCGUAUAGUAAGUGAUGUACGAGUAGAUUUAAAACAGUAUAAUAAACUUGUAAUCACCAUUAGUUUAAUACGUUACGAUUUUUUUCGAAAAUCUACAUUACGUCCAAACAGUUCUUAAUAUGUAUUAUACCAGCCCAAUGCCUUUGAUACAGCACUGAUGAAUUACAUUAACUUUAUACGAAAUAAUCUGUUAAAGUUCUCAGAUAAUUCAAAUAAAUCCGAAAUAUCUAAUGUAUCUAAUUAGCCGGAAAAUACGGUUCCUGAUUUUGAACUACCCGGACCAAAGCUGAAAAAUCAUAGCAGUCGAAUAUCCACAACAUACCCGAAUAAACGAAUAACAAAAGCACUGUAAAUAAUGAAUUCUGAAUCGGAAUCGAAACCAUUUGCAAUAACUCCUCGAAAAAUACUGUGUGACGUCAAUCUGCUGAAUACUAAUAAAAAGGCACAGAAUUGCCAGAACGGGUACCCGUACAGAACCACUGUUGGAGAGAAGCCCAAUGCUGGUGAUCACAAAUUCAAGGUAGACAUACAGUACGGGCCCAUAAGUGUGUGUGGAGUCAUUAAACACCGCUCAGAAAGGAUUGACCACAUCAAGAAAAAACUGGAAAAUCUUGGAUUCGAUGUAAACCUGAUACAGUUUUGGAUUUAUGAGACAGUGGUGUUCGCAUAUGAAGGUCAAGAGAUAUUCUCAUGCAAUAUCAGGAACCUGUCAUUCAAAGGACAAUCGUUCAAAGAUCCUGUUACUAAUAGAGUGAUUCAAAAACUGGUAAAAUAUCGCAGGUACACCAAUGAUAUGCGUGCAAUAGUAAAAACCAGAGGAUUAAAUCCGAAAUCGCAUUGUUUCGCUUUCAUCACCAAGUGACUCCAUUGACCACAAUAGUGAGUAGCCCGUCAAAGUAGUCUGAAAUUAAUU